CACACACACACACAGUAACAGUUCCUUUAAAUUUCAGACCUGGGCUGAUCAGCUUCACUUUUAGAUGACACCAGCUGAACAUCAUGUUUUGCUGUUGCAUAUUUUUGUCUGUUUCUUUGUUGCAUUCUCUGUGUCACUUCCAUGUGUCAGGCUACGAUUCUAGCUGCACAGAGUUUCCUGUGUUCACUCCAUCUGCACUGGUAGUGAAGUACGGUGACCCAGCCAAUGCUACAUGUGUUGUAUGUCAGAAGGACUGCAGUGGAGAUGCUUCAGGUUUGGAGCACGCUAUGGGAAAAGUUACACAAAAUGGAACCACGAUGUUCUGGACGGUUGACAGACUGACUGAAUGGGACACAUCUCUACACUGCUAUCAUACCAAUAAUGCUGGUGAUCAGUGUACUAGCACUCUGGAUCUAACUCUUUAUCAGCCUCCAGAAAGUGUCUCCAUCAGCUUUGUAAACCACACUGGGAUGAUGUUUGAGAAUCAGCAGUACACCCUGCAGUGUAGCGUACAGAACGUAGCUCCUGUUCAGAGCCUCACUGUGACCUUCUACAGAGGAAACACAGCACUGGGUCACCUACAGUCCAACCACAGUGAAGAGAAGAAACCAGUGAAUGAGUCCUUUACUCUGAACAUCACUCGCAGUAGAGAAGAUGAUGGAGCCCAGUACUGGUGUGAAGCCAAGCUGGAGCUGGGACCAGCUGGACCACAGCGCCCUCCAGUGGUGACAUCAGAAAAACUCCCUGUUAUAGUUCACUAUGGGCCUGAGCUAAAGGAGCCACCAAAUCCAGAUGUGAUCACAAUCACAGAAGGAGACACUCUACACCUGAACUGCUCCUCUGUGGGAAACCCCAGCCCCUCAUACACCUGGACACUUCCAACAAAUAGUCCUUCCUACAGUGGCAGCGUUCUCACUAUUAAAUCUGUCGGCUUUGAGCAUGAAGGACAGUAUAUCUGCACUGUGAGCAACACAGUAGGGACUGUCACCAAGGAGUUUAACAUUGAUGUACAAGUCAGCUCCGUCCCAUACACAUACAUAAUAUGUGGAACCUUACUGGGAGCUCUGGUCCUUGUCGGUCUGUCACUGGGAUGCUACUGUAAACGCAACCAAAUCGGAAACUACAAACUCAGUAAAAUUAUUGUUACUGACAGCUGAAGAAAUGACUGAAUGGUUAACACCUGCUUUUGAUACUGAUUCUGAUGAGCAGCUUGUAACUGUCUAUCCUCUAUGAACAAACUUCCUGUUUAGCACAAAUGCAAGGCAAGCUUUCACAUUUCUGAUCAUUUAUGAUCAACAGUUGAUUUCUUUGUUUAAAUGUUACAGAUGUUUAUACAGCUGUUGAUGAGCAGUAGUCCCUCACCCUCUGUUUAGCCAAACUAAAUUUAUG